AUACUUGAAAAAACAGACAUACCCCAAAAUAAAGAAGAAAGCUAAGACAAUGCUACCUAUUACUAGGAUUUUAUGCUUACUAGUACUCCUAAUCUUAAUUGCUCAUAUUCUCCCAAACACGACUUCUUACCAAGGAGAACUGAGUAUAGGUGGUGGUGCAAAUAAAAGACGCAAUUCAGCACCAAAUAGAGAGGCAAAUACUGGUGUAGAACUUGAAGCAGCUAUGACAAGAGGAAACAAAAUGAAAGGAUCCCAAAAAGAAGAUAUUAAUAUUGCAGCAACCAAGCAAGAGAGGGUGGGUUUAAAUGUAAAUGUAAAAGGUGAACAAAUUAUGAGCAGACGUCCACUCUCGCAAUCUGGAGGGAAGAAAGAAAGGGCUGAAUUUGUUGCAUUUACAGCAGAUUAUAAAUCGCCAAGGCAUCACCCUCCAAGGCACAACUGAGAACCAACUAAGUUCAACACUUUUUUUAUGUUAAGUCUUCUCUUUAAUAUCUUCCAGUUUAUAUAAUUAAUUAGUGCACUUUAUGUAUUUUUACUUGUGGCAUGCAACAACUACGGAUCAAGCAAUAUAAUGAUGGCCUGGUAUAUAUGUACUCAGGAUUUUCAA